AUCCAAUGCCACGAGAAUACGCUCUAUAACUUAGGACACUAUGACUCUAAUAAUACCACUUCCAUUUCAAAGCAAGACCAUAUCAAUUGGGCCUCUCAAUCAAGAUGCUUUCUCGCAAUUUGGAACCGUAAUCUCAAAUCCCUCGCCGUCUCUUACACCGCACCCCCAUCUACAAGACCUCCCGCCUCAAGCCGUCUUAGCAAACCAAGGAAGCGCACUCAAAUACCUAGAUAUUACACAUAUGCGAAACUUCUACAAUGAAUCCACCACACCAGGAAAGGCAGUAAUGAACAUGUUCGUCUGUGCGCCCCGUUCUCUACUCUCAACCCCGGAUUCGACUGGGUCAAUGACAGGCCAUUUCAAAGUAGAGAUACUAGAACGGCAUCCUUUCACAACGCAAACUUUCAUCCCACUUGGUCUCUCAUCUAAAGAUUCGCAACAAUGUCAAUACCUCGUUAUCGUAGCACCGAGUUUGAAGCCGUCAGAGCAAGAUGAAAGCUUACCUGUUCCUACGCCUACUGCGGCAAAUUUGGAAAAUGAAAGAUAUCCUGGGAGAGGCUUACCGGAUCUCAAUGGUAUCAAGGCUUUCUUGGCGGAUGGUUCACAAGCAGUAACUUAUGGAGCGGGGACCUGGUAUGGACUUUUUCUGAAUGCCAUUCUACUCCACAAUUCAUCAUUUAGUCAACAAGGCUAAUACUCCUUUCAAAAGGCAUGCACCAAUGGUAGUUAUUGGAGAGAAACCAAUAGACUUUGUAGUGGCACAAUUUGCAAAUGGUGUAGGAAUUGAAGACUGCCAGGAAGUGGAAUGGAAAGAAAAAGGCGACGACCGUGGCCUUCUCGUUGCGAUUCCCCAAACCAAAGCAAAAUUGUGAGAACACUUCCGGGAAGCCACGAGGCUGUAUUGUUCAUGAGCUCAAUUUCAGACAAUUUGCAUGACUCGGCAUGGAAGACAGAGUGGAAACGCGACCAAUACGCCUUUGUGAUAUUCAAACAAUAGACUCAGUAGCCUUGAGGUAGAACUUCCACGCUUUGCCUUUUUGUUCCCGCAUCAGAACUAGGAAAUAGCACUUUCCCACAAUACUGUUAAUAGAGAAGGCGUGGAGCAGGGAGAGAUCAAGCUCGUAGCUGGACGAAUUGCAAGUGCUGAUCUGAUCCACCUUGUGACA